AUGGUGAAGAACUGCUUUCUUGUCGCUCUUCUCUUCGUGGCUGUAGCUGCUAUUAUGGCAGUACCAGCGAGUAAGUAGAAGGAAGUUCGUUUAAUUAAAUAAUUCACGUCGUUGCAAUUGUAUAAUUAUCUAAUUUUCACUUGGCUUAUUUUAUUUCUACGUUUUCGAAAUUCGAGUUGUGAAAAUAGGUUUAAUAUUCUUCCAUCAUCAUCAUCAUCACCGUCUUCGCAAUUUCAUGAAAUUUCAAGGAAUUGAAACAUAUGUAAUAUUAUGAUAAGUUGUUGCUCGAUUUCUAAUAGAUAAAUGAAUACUUGGGCAAUAUUUGCCAGUGUGGCAAUUUAAUUAUAAAUUUUAUAAUUUUUCAAUAGAAUUUCAAUUUUCACUGGCUCUAAUUAUAAUUGGCCAGUGGUAGCAGUCGUUGUAAAAUGGAAAUAUUUUUCAAUUUCCUAUUUUUUAAUAUCUUUCAUUCUUCUGAUUUUUAUGAUAUUCCAGAAUUAGCUCCGUUUGAAUUAAUAAUAGUUAGACUGUAGAUAUUCCUGCAAAUUCAUAUUUUUAUGAAUAAAUUUUAUGAAUAGAUUUCUUUAAUGAAGUGAAGCUUAGGUAAAGGAUAGUUUCAUCUAACUAUACUUGAAAUAAAUAUAUAUUUCACGCUCUGACUACUUCUUGUCUGCAUAUAUUUCACAAAUUCUUGAACAUCGGUUUAAUAUUUGCAAAGUAUCUUCAGAAAUUUCGUUCUUCUUAUUUAAUUAAAACUAACAAUUUAGUUGUUUGAUUAAGAAACAUACUCGCCAUUUAGUCAAUGAAGGGUCUACGGAAAAAGUGAAAAUGUUAAUUUUAAUAAAUUUCAAAUUCAUUACUUUUUCAACGCGUCCCUUAUCACUAGCUAAUUUUCGGAAAUUUACACUUAUUUUAAUAUACGAGUAAAUAUAAAGUUACAACGUUAUAUAUAGAAAAAUAAAUUUUCGUUUUCCUGCGAAACGACAUUUUCCUUUUCCUACAGAUAUUUCCUUCGAAUACUAUUUGCUAGAUAUAAUCCUUUUUCCUUCAAAAAUUUCUCUGUGACGGCUGUAUAUAUUCGAGAAAUAACGAAUGAAAUCAGUAAAUAAAAAUGGGAGAACAAAACGGAUUUGUUUAGCUGUUAAAUGCUGCAGCAUCUUUAUCUUUCUCAAUAUCGAAUCGUUGACCCCGAUUAGUUUGGGAAUUACUGCGAUUCGUUAUUAUUAUACGAAGCAGACAGAAUGCUUAAAGACGAUGUUUAAAUUCCAGAAGAGGAACAAGAGUCUCUGGAACAGUAUGGCGCCGAAGUGAUGGCACCCGCUGAUGGACAAGUAAAACUCAGUUGCAAUUUGGGGGAUGGUAUUUGCGCUAUACAUUGUAUCUCCAUAGGCAAAGCUGGAGGCCGCUGCAAGGAUGGAGUUUGCUAUUGUAUCAAG